AUGCCCUUCAAUACAGAGCUCACGCGCCGCCUCGGCAUCAAAGUCCCCAUAGUCCAAGGCGGCAUGCAAUGGGUCGGCACCGCGCCCCUCGCCUCCGCCGUCUCCAACGCCGGCGCCCUGGGCAUCCUAACCGCGCUUACACAACCCACGCCCUCCGCCCUACGCUCCGAGAUCCAAAAAACCCGCUCCUUAACCACUUCCCCCUUCGGCGUAAACCUCACCCUCCUUCCCGCGCUCCAACCUCCGGACUACCCGGCCUACGCCAACGUGAUUCUCUCCGAGGGCAUCAAGAUCGUCGAAACAGCAGGCAACAACCCGGGGUCAAUAAUCAAGCAAUUGAAAGCAGGCGAUCCAUCGAUCAUAAUCCUGCACAAAUGCACGACAAUCCGCCACGCCAAAGCGGCGAUAAAGCUCGGCGUGGAUUUCCUCUCCAUCGACGGCUUCGAAUGCGCCGGCCACGUCGGCGAAAGCGACAUCACGAACUUCAUCCUGCUAUCCCGCGCGCGACAAUCCAUCACCGUCCCAUUCAUUGCUUCGGGAGGGUUUGCGGACGGACAGGGAUUAGCGGCUGCGCUGGCAUUGGGCGCCGAGGGCAUUAAUAUGGGAACGAGGUUCAUGUGUACGAUUGAGGCGCCGAUUCAUGAGAAUGUGAAAAGGGCGAUUGUGGGUGCGGAAGAGGGGGAUACGGAGCUUGUGAUGCGGAGAUGGAGGAAUACGACGAGGUUGUUUUCGAAUGGGAUGGCGAGGGAGGCGAGGAGGGUAGAGGGGGAGAGCAAGGAGGGGAAGUUUGAGGAGAUUGCCGGGUUUGUGAGUGGGAAGAAGGGGAGGGAGGUUUUUGUGGGGGGCGAUACCGAGUUUGGGGUGUGGACGGCUGGGCAGGUUGUUGGGCUCAUUCAUGAUGUACCGAGUUGUGGGGAGUUGGUAGGGAGGAUUGAGAGGGAGGCGGAGGAGAGGAUUGAGCGGUUGGGGAGGUUGAGGGUUGAGACGAAAGGGGAGGGAGUUGUGGAGAGUCACAUGAAUAAUCCAACGGCGGAGGUUUGGGGGUUGGAAAGCCGAAAUUAUGAAUUGCUGUCUAUAUCCCUCAGGGCCACAUAUAUAAGACCCGUCCUUCUGACCAAUGUGCAGACUCUUCUGCGUGAUACCUUGCCUGUCUCUCAUCCACUCCUCACCGCCUCGGAGGAGGUGGGGUAG